AGUUUUAUAACUCAUACAAAGGGUCACGCAGCCAUUGAGUCCCCCUUUCUCUACCUCUUCUGUAUUGCAUGUGUCAUAGCGUGUGAACUGCAUCAACGGGCUGCAAAACGGGUUUCAGGUUUCGCCAGUGCUGCCGCGGCUGUGCUUGACUGGUCGCCACGAGAGUCAAUUCGGAGAGAAGCUAAUCCACACUGGCUUCCCAGCCCAAACGCUUCAUUCUGUACUUGAUUACGGCAUCGUGAGUUUGCUUCGUGCGCUUGCUCGUCACGCCGUUGAAAAUACUGUUUGAUUUCACUUCUAAUGUAUAUGCACACAUCUCUGUAGAUUAUUAGUCGCCUUACCUGUUUCACCGCGUUUCUUUUGGUUUCUUUCCCUUUCUUUUCUCAGCACGUAUUGAUCACGUGUCUGAGCUGUUGCUCUUGUUCUUCUCCCUCUUGCUUCGUUACCAGCAAGCUUUUCUGUUACUGUCAACACACGCUGGCACAGACAGCGACUCGUCUUCUUGAUUUAAUAGCAAUCAACGUACCUAUAAAGAGCAGAUCUUCAUUAAAUCACCUACAGACUACGCUGCGUGGAAUCGAUCGCUUGUAAUCGUACCGACAACACUUAUUGUGCUAAAGAACUCAUUGGUGUUCUCUGGUGUUUUCAUUAUCCUCUUUUAAUAUCACCAUUAUCUGGUUUCUCAACUUUCAUUUUUGCAGCAGAAAGCAGAGAGUUUGACCUCGGCGACACAACAACUCCAAAAGGCCACACUUGAAGUAAUUCGUUGGCAAGACGGUUUUCUUGCGUCUCCAUUUAUUCUUCCUGUUCGAAGUGGUUCGUUUGAGUUUCGCGCUUAAUUCUAUACACCUUGCUGCGCUUUGUUUUCCCGCCUUCAUCCUCCCACUUCUCCAACGUCACGAGUUGUCAUUUCACCCAGACAUUUCCGACUAUUCCUCUUUGAAUGGCUGUUCCUGUUGUUUUUUACGUUUUGUUCCGCAUCUUUGUUUUUCCUCUUCUUCUUCUGUUUGACAGCGGGAGCGCCCCCUCGCUCUCUUCACAUUAACGAAUAGAGAGAGAUUCCUCUUGCGUUGUUGUUGUUUUUCGUACCCCUCCCCUUCCCCUCCCCUCCGUCACGCUUCGCUGUGUGUCAUACAGCGAUCGGUUCCGGCCAUACUUCACUUUUGUUUUGCUGUAGCUGUAAUCGCUUUUAUGUGUUUUUCCCGGUUUGAUUGUGUGAGGGCACGACGUUUUCUUUUCGUAUCACUUUCCUCUUUUCUUUUUUCUUGAGUAUCGUUGUAGAUACUACGCACAGCCUGUGUCAUACACGUACACAGUCACGUUUGUGCAAUCCUUUGUUCUUCCGCGCUUGCUGCUGAUCCGUAUGAUUUACCUUCUCUCCGACGGAGCUUUUUCGGGUGAUCAGCGUAAAUGUAAAGAAGAAGAAGAGCCCUGGGAUCGAUAGUAAACUAGCGGUUUUCCUCUGUUUUCGGUUUGCCUUUAGGUUAUCGUCGUCUCCCCUCUUAUUCUCGCUUGUGUUGGGAGUUUUUUGUUAUCUUCUUUUGUGGAUCUCGCCCAUUCCCUUGUUUCUUUUAGGUGCUCGCUUUUGUACACUAGUCUCUCUUUUUCGCUAGAUUUUUAUUCCCUAACUUUCGUCCUUUUUCUACUUCUGCACGUUGAGAACUCCGCUAUGGCGAACCCCUAUGCCGAUCCCACCUCCAUCGACUAUAUUCUGCAACGUGCCCAAGACGAACUUCGCAGGGGCGAGAACCAGCAUCUCCGCGCUGCGGAGGCCCAGUACACGAAUCAUGUAAAAGAACUCCUUGGCAACUUGGAGCGCUACCUCGAAACGUGUGGGGUGCAACUGCCGGCGGAAGUGAUCACCGGAAGCGAGGCCACGGCUGCGGCAGCGGCAGCGUUCGACGAGCCAAAUGUCCAUCGCGAAGCCGUGCGGUCGUCUCUCAGCUCCCAAGCAGCGGUUGGACUGCUCGGCGGCCCGCAUAUUUACCUCCCUCUGCACAAACGCUCCCUCUCCGCAUCUGCCGCACCGAAUAACGUGUGCGGGUACCGUGACUCCCAGUCGGGCAACGGACCACUUGCAGGCGAGAACCCACACCCGCGUGUCGGUUGGAACACGCUGGCGACGCCGACAGAGGCGUCGCAGUUGGACCACUCGACGGAUGAGAGGCGAGCCGAGUUUGCAACAAACGCAGCGGCAGCGGCGCUCCGAUAUGUCAGGUCGGAGCCGGCGGGCGGUGGACUCAUGACAAGCCUCGGCAGCCACGACAUUCACUCCCCUGUCUCGCCUCAACUGCGGCAGGAGAUGGCACGACGCCUCUCAAGCGCGAACGCAGAGGACGACUGUCGACGCAGCGAAAACGAUAGCGUCAUUGGCAACUCCUUCAACUGGCAACAUGUGCAGCAGCUGCACACGCACCCGCAGGUGGCAUCGUUGGAUGUCGUCUCCCUCCGCGAGGGACAGGGCUCCAGCAUGGUGAGAGGGAGUUCGCCCCUCGUCGCCACCGUCUGCAGCCCACCGCCCAUGCACGCACAGCAGCAGCGCACCCCGUUCACGGCAGCGCUGGUCAACAGCAGCAAUCCUCACCCUUCCCCCCAGGCCGCCGUGGCGCAUGCGCGGUCCGUGAGUCUCAACGCCGUCGCCGCCAGCAAUGGCGCCCACGUCGGCAGCGGCACGGACACGUGGGGCGACUUUGGCCAGUUUGUUCAGUCCAUCACAGAGAGUCGCAUCAACGGUAACUGGGCCACGUUGCCGAGCGCCACCGCCGCGGCUGUCUGUUCCAGUCCAGCAACGUGCAUCUCAGACAGCAACAACGGCGGUCCUAUUUCCCCAGCCGAAACGACGGCAACCACGCGCACGCGCGAGAACACCAACACCACCACUGACAAGUCUACAUCCACGAACGCCUACGUUAUCGGCGCCGCGUCCACUGCAGCCGUGCCGGAAACAAGCUUUCAGCUUCCGCAUGUACUGGUGACAGCCAACUCGCCCUUCGCGACGUCCCCAAACGACCUACAGUCUUCACUGCAGCAGCAGUCGCAAGCGGUCGCACGCCGCGUCGUUCAUUCGCCUCUCGGUGUAGAUCCUGACGCUCCUCCAAGUGCAGCGCGCCGUGGUGCUGGCAACACACGGGGCGGGUUCGCGGAGUCGCCCCAUCGGCAGCCACUGGCAACGGAGACUAAUAGCAUGAGCAUCCACUCUCCCUCGCUGACUCGGCAGGCGGCGUACGGAGCGGGCAGCAACGCCGUUCGUGCCUUGGCCGUCGCAACAACGGAGACAGAUGUGGAAAAGGAGAAUUCGGCUCAAGUCGGCCCUGCGGAGCACAUCCCCUCUCCUCCGCCUCAGCACCGUCCGGGCAGCCCCCUGCUGCUGGCACCCCCGGCAACAAUGGUGACUGCGCCAAUGCAGCAUGUCGCAUCGCCGUCCAUCACCGAGUACCUGCCCUACGGCAAAGGCGGCAGCCCGUACUUUCCACAUAUCCUGCGCGUGUGCACCUCCGCGACAUCGUCGAAUCCACGAACGCAGUUGAACUCUCCGUCACAACCGGUCUCGCGUAAGUCAUCGUCGUCACGAUCAGCAUCACCACCUCAGGAGCAACGGUAUGAUACAGCGCGAGGGUCUGCAGAUGCCGGUGUCCAAAAACCCUUCCCCAUUCCGCCACCUUCACAGCGCACAGUGGACGCGGCGGCCGCGGUGCGCAUCCAGGAGAAGAAACAGCUGAUGCGUCGCCUGCGCGGCAUCCUCGACAAGUUCUCCUCGCCGUCCGCCACACCGUCCGUUAUUACGUCCUUGGCUGACACGGGCAGCCACUCCGUUUCCGUCAACGGUGGCGGUGGGGAUCCAUGGAGGGUGAAGACGCCGCCGGCCACUGCGCCGGGUGUCGUCACGGCACCACUCUUUAAUCAAGGCCAAGGAGGCGUGCGCGCCAUUGCCGCAGGGACGCCACCUGAGCAGAAUCACUUUUUCACAGUCGGCACUGCCACCUACCCACCCGCCUACACGCGCCGCACCCCGGUGCUUUAUCCACUGAACACUGAACAAGCCCUGCACGGGCAACGCUCUUCGUUGUUUGUGGAGGAGUCCGACACGGCAGAACACCACGCGACGUCCCUGGUCAAGGCCAACUUGCAGCCGCGCACACCGUCCAGUCAGGACAUGGGCAGUCUCCCCAUUGGCUUGUGCAGCGACACUCGACCGCCCAACUCAUCAAUGCAGCCGCACAACAGCGUUAACGGCACCGCAAGUGGAGGUGUAGAAGUGGGCCACUGCACCACCACGUAUAGCACCGCCGCGCUGGCCUACGCGGCAAGCACCGUUUCGCUCCCCUACGCGUCCGCCAACGACGCGACUCCUUUGUCCGGCGAGUACAAGGCGCCACCGGUAAAGGGUGCUGGUCCAGUCGACGCCUGCAGAUACGUGAGAAGCCCCAACCAGAAGGUGCCAACCGGCCUUUGUCGCGAUGAAGAUCAUCCCCAUGGCGCCGACAUUGACGGCCGCCGUAGAGACAACUAUGAGGAGUGUAGAGUUUUCGCGGCACGUGACAGGGACGGCAAACCCCGGCAAAACGCCGGUGAGGUAGGUUGCGAAGAGAAGCUGCAGCUGAUGCAGCGGCUGCGAACGAUGCUAAGUCGACCCGACGAAUGA